UCCUCUGAGGACAUGACUUGUUGAAGAACCAGUGUGGAUUUGAUAACCUUACCGCGAUUAAACUGACGCAACAUUUUUACAAUGUUGGCUUGCAGAGGGAGCCUAACCGGCACUAUGAUGUCUGCUCUCCGGGCUCUUCGCAGUAAUCAAGUUGUUGUGUCCGGACAUGUGCAGAGAUGUUUGUCCACACAGACAGACGGAGAGGUCCGCAUCGCAAACGUGCUGAGGAAGAAGUUUCCGUUAGCCGCAUCGCUCAAAGUGGUGGAUAUAUCAGGAGGCUGUGGAGCCAUGUAUGAGAUCCAUAUAGAGUCCAGCGAGUUCAAAGGAAAAAGGACCGUCCAGCAACACCAGUUAGUCAACCAGGCACUCAAGGAAGAGAUUCAAGGAAUGCACGGGCUGCGAAUAUUCACGGAUGUCCCAAAAUAAUAGAGAAAGCCGUGCCACUGUUGAACGACAAUCUUUUUCUUCGUUCACCCUAUCUAUUAUGAAUGUACAGUUUUUUUUUUAAAGAGAGCGUUGUGUAAUUCCAUGAUAAUUGUUUAUGUGUCAGUGGCGGAAAGGCAGAGCGACGUGGUUUCUGACAGUUACAAUAAGUAAUAAAUGCAAGAUUACAUUAAGUUAUCUUUAUUUAAGUAGUGAGAUAGCUUUUACUCUGACACGGGACAUAAAACCACUGAAGGCUACAAUACGCACAAAAUAACUUGGUAAAAUGUCAAGUCAUGUAGGUUUCUACCCAAUCUGGGAUCUUCUCAGGGUUGAUAAGAAUGGCAGUGUAAAGAUAAGCAGUCAAGGAGGAAAUAAAGAGAACCAUCUUGAAUAUUGGA